AUGGCCAAGACAGAGAUUGAGACCGGUGCCGCUACAGGGGUCACUCUAGGUGCUGGUUCUGGGGCUUCGCUCGGAACCAGUACGGGGACCAGCACUGGGGGCGGAACGGGAAGCGGUCAAGGCCACGCUGCCGCAGGCAGUUCGCCGGUGUGUAGAAAUUGUCACACGUCAACGACACCGCUGUGGCGGCGUGACGAGCACGGUGCCGUGCUGUGCAAUGCGUGCGGGCUGUUUCUAAAGCUUCACGGGCGACCCAGGCCGAUCAGUCUCAAGACAGACGUGAUCAAAUCGCGCAACCGCAAGGGCGCCGCACAUCAACAGACAGACGCUGUCUUGGACAAGAAACGCAAAGAAAGUCCGCUCGUACAUGCCAGCGCGGGCCCAGAGUCCGUUGCUGAUACGCAUUUCCAAGGACUUGGAUCUCCGUCGCACGCCAGCCAGGGCCAUGCGUCGCUAGCGCACACAGGCGGAUCAGGACCACAAACGAAAAGACGCAAGCCACGUGAUAUGCGUGACGUACACGCCGCGGAAACACUAGGGACGCUUAUGAAGAAUGGCUCCGGUGCCGGUGUCGGUGCGAGCUCUUCAAAUGCGUCGCCCGCAUUGGGCCCCGACUUGACGAAUCUGAACGGGUCUUACCCCGAAAUUUUACCCAGCGGACCCAUACAGGACCCCUCCAGUACGAAUUCCUCUGCGGCGGCCGCGAUAGCCGCUGCAGCAGGUUACAAAGUUUCGUUGCCCCACUUCUCGAUGCUGCUGGGCGGUGUUCCUACGCCCCCGCCAGCAGUCCCUCCUUACAAUGCCCAAAGUAACAGUCCGGGCCCGCAGCAAGAGGCCCAAAACCAAAAACAGGCUCGGUCUGUUUCCCAACCUGCACCGCAGCCUCCGUCUCAACAAAAGAAAAGUCCCGUGGCAGCGCCCGUCGCGUCUCCCACGUUGCGCGCUCACAACGAACUACUAGAGCGACAAUCGUCACAUCUGGCAUCCAUCAACGAGAUCCUGCGCAGUCAAAAACCUAGAUCAGAAAAAUCUGCGUCCGCUGUGGCUUCGCCUUCGAUGGUCGCCCAAAGGGAUUUGACCGCUACGCAGACUCACACGCCCACGAUUACACCAAUUCCUUCGCAUGCAGACAUGCUCAUGGCACAGGCUAUGGGCCCUGCUCACAGCCAGUCUGAGCAUUUGGCUCAACCGGAAUCUCGAUAUUCGAAUUCGCCUCCUCCAAUGGAUCUGCAGCGACGCAACGUCGAAUCUAGUACCACGAGUAGAAGCAGUGCUGUGGACGAAUCGCUGGUCCUAAAAUCCGAGCUGGGCCAUUCACAUCACCUAUCGCAGCAUGGCAAGCCGCGUGGCGACGAUAAAAUACAUCAAUAUGACGAAAGAAAUGAAAGGGACGAGAGGGACCGGAAACAGCUGCAAACACAGGCCAGAGUGGCGCGCACGCCGUCGCGGCCCGUACAAUUACCUGGCCAGGCCACCGAUAAUACGCAGUUGCCCAUAGCGCAAACUCUACAACACCAAGAAGAGGUAAUCAAGCUCAGGACGCGGAUCAGUGAGCUAGAGUUGGUCACGGAUCUUUACAAGAGACAUAUUUUCGAGCUCGACGCCAAGUGUCGAGAUUUGGAGACCAAGUUGAAUGACAAUGGCAACUGA